UUUAGGUGGCUUGUAUCUCGAGGCAACGGGUAUCUAAUCAAUGUGUUUCAUCUGAUCCGUGAGCACCAUACAAUUAGAAUGGCAGAUGUCAAUAUAUAUUGUGGGACAUGGAAGAUUACCAGCUGUGAUUCUAUACCAGGAGAAGGUGGAACUUCUGGGAUAGAAGGGACAGAGUUUACUCUCAGUGAAAAUGGUGAUGUGAUAUGGAAAGUCAAGGAGGGCACAGAGCCUAUGCCAUUUUUUAACUGUGAAACGUAUGAGGUUUUUAUGGGAAAUGUACAUUAUCUCCGCCUGUUUGGAACAUUUGCUGAUCAUGUAAUUGAAUUUCGGAUUAAUCAACCUAGAGAAGGUACAGUAGAGUUAACGUAUGAAGGCUGGUGUGUACUGCAGUGUGAUAAGGUCUCGACGAAUGAAUCGAAAUAUGAUAGACCUUUUUCUCUGCUGUGUCUUCUAGAGAUGGGUUACUUGUCUGAUAUGAAAAUCACAUCUUCCAAUGGGAAGGAGUUUUUAGUUCACAGUACCAUUCUAAAUGUUGCAAAUCCCUCAAUUCAUUGGACACAGCCUCCCUGUCCUCUUCAGGGAUUUCCUGAAGACGUUCUGUAUGCUACCCUGUAUUAUCUUUAUUGUGAAUGCCUUGUAUCUGGUCUCCAGGAAGAGACUGCCAAGAGCUGUCUCCAGCACGUAGGUCAGCUCCCUGGAUUUUCUCGCUUUGCUGAGAUGUGCAAACAGGUCUUAAAAAGCUCAUCUUUAAAACGACAACUUAUAAGCUUGGUGAAUGACAUCCACACAUGUGCAUGUAAUAUAGUUGAUUACUUCAAUGGUAUCACUCUUGGUUCUCAGUUUAAUGAUGAAAGCAGAGCUGCUCAGCUGUGCUAUGUCAUCAAACAGACAUUGAAAGAAGUUGCAGUGGCUGGAGCUAGACUGUUACUACUCUGUGAUUUAGCAUUUUGGAGAAAUCAUGAACUGCUAAGAGAAGAAAGAUAUGAAGUAUUAAAAUACUGCAAGUCUAGGUACGAAGUAUUUCCUUGUUAA